CAGAGUUAUUUACGUUUCAUAUGGACGGACUUCGACCCCGUGUCGAAACGUUCGCUGUUGUGAGCUGUGAUUCCACAAAAUUGUUCAAUAAAGUUUUAAUAUUCGUUUUAAGUGAAAGUUCAAUGCUUGUCAACGAAUUUGAUGUACAAUAUUGUGCGUGAGUGAUUAAAUGUAUUUUAGUGGUAUUAUGUAAUGAUUUAAAGUUAUUUUGAACUAACAUAACCUUCAGUAAAAUAAUUGAACAAUGUCGCCACGCAUUCGAUACAAUGCUGUACAUUGGUACAUGAAUGAUCUGACAUCGAAGAUCGUCGCUGAAUCCGGCGUCUCGACAGACAUAUACCAUCUUGGAAAGAUAAUAUUCUACAGCAUGAGAAGCGAUCCAGACUUAAUUUUACAUAUAGAUGGAGUUACAAGCGAAUCGGAAACAUUCGGAGCUGCUUUAAAAAGAACAGUGCACUGUGCCAGAGCCUUCAAGGAGAUAGGUUUAAAAACAGGCGAUGUUAUUGUACUCAUGGCUCCUAAUCAUUUGGACGCGGCAAUACCAUUAUACGCUGCACUGUAUCUUGGUAUAGCGACAGCACCUAUUCACGAAGGAUGUAGUGUUAGUGAGCUAGAAGACACACUCAGAAUCACGGAACCAAAAGCAAUAUUCUGUCAAAGCAACAAAAUCAAAGAUGUACAACAAGUUCUCGGCGAUCUCAGUUUGAAUUCGAAGGUAGUGCCAUUCGAUAAGGGAAGUCAUGAGUGCUUCCCGGACUUUCUAGAAACAUACGGAAAGGGACAGACUGUAGAAGAGUUCAGAGCUGCAGAUUUUGAUCCAGAAGAAACGAUAGCUUUUCUAAUAAGUACGAGCGGUUCAACUGGAUUACCUAAAAAAGCUAUGCUAACUCAUAAAAACUUAGUCAUCACGGGGCCUAAUCUGUGGAUAAGGUCAACAAAGUUCCCGACACCAACAAGAAUGGCUCUAGUGUCAGCACCGCUGCAGUGGGUAUCAGCUUUAGUUACCUAUAUAAUGUCUCCGUAUAUGAAAUAUCCUCGUAUUCAGUCAUCGCAGCCUUGCACUCUUGAUCACUUCUGCUACCUGAUGAACACUUAUAAGCCUUCAUUCGCCAUCCUAAGCCCUACAGUCAUGAUAAGUCUGAUGAAAUCUGAGAACGGUGCUAAAUGCGACUUUUCUUGCCUCACUGAACUAUUCAUUGGAGGCAGUGCUGUCAGCAAAGAUCUAAUUGAUGAUAUAAAAAAAAUAAUUCCUAACGCUUUCGUAAAAAACCUGUACGGGCUAAGUGAGACUGCCAUGAUGGUUUUCGAAGAUGAUGUCGUGCCACCUGGAAGUAUCGGACUACGAAUGCCUUGCUUUGAAUACAAGUUGGUAGACGCAGAUAGAAAUGAAAUUCUUGUACCUAAUGUUCCUGGGGAAUUGUAUUUGAGAGGUCCAGGAGUAUUUAAGGGAUACUACAGAAACCCAGAAAUGACGCAAGAAGCGUUUGAUGGUGACUGGUUCAAGACAGGCGACAUGUUUUACAGAGAUGAAAAUUGGUAUUACUUUUUCGUCGAACGAAUAAAGUCAUUACUAAAAUACAAAAGCUUCCAGAUAUCUCCCGUCGAACUAGAGAUGCUCAUUCGUCAACACCCUGGAGUCCAGGAUGUUGCAGUAACAGGUAUCGAGGACCCUGAAUGCGGAGACUUGCCUGUCGCACUCGUGGUUCCAAAACCGGGGACGAAAGUCGAUGCACAGGAAAUAAAAGAUUUAGUUAAAGAAAAAUUAAUAGACGCAAAACAACUUCGCGGUGGUGUGGUGUUCCUCGAAGGGUUGCCUCUAACGAAAACAACGAAGCUUGACAGGAAGAAACUAAAGGAAUUGGUGCUAGAAAUGAAAAGAGAAUAAUAUGAAUUAGUAAUUAUUAUAGAGCAGUAAAACUAAGAAAGUAUAUGUUAUUACUAGGAGUUGUUCCCGGCUUCCCACGCAUGUAAAGCCGUUCCCGCUAAAAGUCCUUAAAUAAUACAUUUAGAACGAGGAAAUAAGUAAGCCGAUAUUUACACGACUGUAUUAUAGUGGAUAUCCUUAGAAAUAAUAAUACAAAAGUAGAAAUUUAAAUGAAGUCUGCAAUAAUUACUUAAUUUGAAAGACACUCCAUGUUUGUGUACGGAUUUCUUAGUGUAGAAUCUGACUCGCACUUCCCCAUUUUUUUUUUGCUUUGUUAAUCUGUUCCGUAUUGAAUAUUUAUAAAUUUAUCUGAACGUAUUUUUAUGACAGAAUGAUUAAGAAUUAUCUUUAAGGCGAUACCUCAAGGUCCAUUUUCAUACAUUUUGUUUCACCUUUAAUCUGGGUAACUAAACAAGUAUUGGCAAGUAAAGAA